CGGUUAGAUUGUAAAUUGAAGUUAUUCAAUCAUUUUGUAUUGAUAAAGAAAAUAAGAAUUGGUAAAAUUCCAAAUCUGAAAGCCCACUUUUACCUUAACGUAUGCUUUGUAUGGUCGUGACAUAAAGAUAUACAAAAAAGAUAAUUCUAUCAACACGGGAGAAUGGCGUUCUCGUAUUUGGGACCCGAGUCACCUCGGCCUUAUGCGGUAAUAUCCGAGGGAUUCCAAAACCGUUACCGGAUUCCGAAGUAUCCAAUAUGGGAGAAUUUCACCUUUGGAGAACAAUAUGAUGAACAUUUAUUUUCACUUAUGAACAAAUACCUUGACCUGGAAACAACAGACAGAGUAUGUUACAUUGGGGACACAAAGGGAAGUUUGGCCGAAGCACUGAUGAACAGAUUCUGUGUUCUUGAGCCUCUACUGACGGUGAUUCCCGGUCAUUACAGCUAUGUCGAAACAGAGUCCAAUAAGGUCCUAUCCAUUCGAGUGGCACAUGUCGGUUCAGAAGAAUUUUUCAGGCUUCAAGCGCGCGAGAAGCCUGAGAACAGACAGAAGUUUGACAAAAUCAUAAUAAAAGACGCUCUUAGAUACUUUGAAAACCCGAUUGAAAUGUAUAACAAUAUCAUGAAGUGCUUGAGCAAAACUGGGAAACUUUUGAUCGUACACAGACCUAGUUCCAUCAAUACACUUCCGGUGUUCCGGAACGCCAAGCAACGAUUGGAAGAUAACGAAAUUCCUUACGACGACAUCAUCAAAGAUCUAAAGUCAUGUGACUUCGAUGUCCAAUGGGAAAUUGAAUGCCUGCCAAUCCUGAUGUCGAAGAAAAAGUGGUAUUCGUUGUUAAAAUCAAAGUUUCCUCCUCAAAUGGAAAUACUCAGUGACUUUGAAGUGCAGUCUGGAAUUCGUGAACUGUCUGAAGGUAUAAUGAAAUACGAAGGAGACGUCGUUGAGUUUAACGACAGGUUACUAUUUAUAGUAGUUUCUAAUCCCGCAGAAAAGAGACGAGGAUAUCCGGGCAUCAAACGGUACAAUGCGGAUGACUUUUCAGCGUUCCCGGAUAUAAAAGAUAUGAAUUAUUCUAUGGAAAUGUCUGAAGACUUAAAGAAAUACGUACACAGUAAACCAAAAACAAGUAUACACAGGAGAGCAGAUGGAAAUGUGUUUUUCAGCUAACAAUGGAGGGUGUGUUGCCCAUGUCACCGUUUUACCAUAUUAAAAAAGCUAGCUAAUUGAUCCUUUCAGUAUUUUUAGAUAGUUAAAUGACGAUUUAUAGAGGUCUAAAACUGUUUAAGUAUUACAUGAAACAGUACGUCUUCUAGAAAAUUUCUUUCGAAAAAAUGGGAUGAUUUUAAGUGACGACGGCAUAGGGAUGGAUGUGUUUAUGAAAAAGGCGGCUGAUGCGCCCUGAUGAGAUAUUCUACCAAGAACGUCAAGCUACAUCUUUGCAGUGUACAAUGUGUAGCAGUAUGUAUUGAUAGACCGUGCAAUUGUAACACUAAAUUGAUAUGUUACUCUCAAUGACUUUUUAUCUAUAUACUCGUUUACAUUCCAUGUAUAACCCUUAGCUGUUUUGUGGUUUGUGUCUACUUGUUUACACAUUUGUGUAUUCAAUAUCUGUUAAUGUCGGCAUAAACUGUUACUAACAUAAGAAAUAUCAUGUCUGGGGAGGGAGAAGGUAGCUUCAGUGAGUCCGUCAAAAACUAGAGUUUAUUUAGCAGACUCGUCAGUUUCAUCCUGUAUAAUUUUGUUGUUCUUUGUUUUUCGUGAGGGGAAUGUUUCUGGUGCUGAUUUGUGUUCUUCAUUACCAGUCUGUUUCUUUCUUUCUGUUUAUCUCAAUUCGUGUCAUCCUUGUCAAAAUAAAACCCUUACAACUUGA